UUCAAGCUAUCAAAAUCUCAAACAGUGGUCGCGGCAACCGAAACGGGAGAUUUGCGCUACGUUCGACAAUUAUCAAACAUUACCUCUAAGAGAUGUAAUGGCUUCGGCUUGACUGCGAUGGCGCUUGAAACCGGAUUCCACGUACUAAUUGCUGAGCCAAAUUUUAGCGCAACGUCCAACCCAGCGCCUUACCUUAAUAAUGAGAGCUCAUUUACUGUAUCGCCUAAUGCAGAGCCUAAGUCCGCGACAGCGGAUUCGAAUAUUUCCAGUAGGUUUUAUCAUUCUGAUCAAAUACUUCUAGAUUCUAAUGAUUCCGGGAAGAAAAACUUUGGGAAAUAUAGAUUACUCAGGACAAUUGGCAAGGGAAAUUUCGCGAAAGUUAAGUUGGCAGUUCAUUUGGCUACUGGUGUUGAGGUUGCGAUCAAAAUCAUAAACAAGACGCUGAUGGAUGCUACACUUUUUGAGAGAUUAAAAAGAGAAAUUACUAUAAUGAAAACAACUAGCCAUCCGAAUAUCGUCAAACUGCUAGAAAUAAUUGAAAACGAAGACGUUCUCUGUCUAGUGAUGGAAUAUGCCAGCGGGGGUGAAAUUUUUGAUUAUUUGGUUGCACAUGGGAGAAUGAGAGAGAAAGAAGCUAGAAUUAAAUUUCGUCAGUUAAUUUCAGCAAUUAACUAUUGCCAUUCUAAGCGCAUUGCCCACAGAGACCUUAAAGCUGAAAAUAUUCUUCUUGAUGGAAACUUGAACGUCAAAGUAGCAGACUUUGGCCUAGCAAAUACCUUCGAGCCAAAUCAGCGCCUCACAACCUUCUGUGGAAGUCCACCGUAUGCCGCUCCCGAAUUAUUUUUGGGGAUACCCUAUUACGGUCCUGGAGUAGACAUCUGGUCGCUCGGUGUUAUACUUUUUACCUUGGUACUGGGUCAAUUGCCGUUUGAUGCCAAUGAUCUGAAGGAGUUAAGAGCCAAAAUCCUGAAUGUACAAUAUAAUAUUCCUAAAGGCGCUAUUUCUACGGAAUGCGAGCAGUUGAUUAGAAAGAUGCUUGUCCUUGACCCUAAAAAGAGGUACUCCUUAAAGUUCCUUGAUUUUAUGGUAUAA